AAACAAUAAUAUCGAUAGUCGAAUAUCAUCAACAUUAGAGUCAGCCCAGAACUGCUAAAAAAUUUUGUAUUGUUGGAAAAAUUAAAUAUAUAUAAUGCGCACAGUGCUUUUGAGCAAAUCCGAUGAGCUCUAUCUGGAAAAGUGCGCUCAGGAGCACAGUUUCUCGUACGGAAUUAUCAUUGGUCACCAAGCAGAUGUCAGCAAGAGCAUUGUUGUUCACCUGGCCCGCAACAGCGAGGAAGAUGCCGACCUGGAAGAUCUGACCGACGUGCGAUUAACCAUACGCGACAUCAACUCACAGGCCUUGGCGUCCCAAUGGCUUAGCGCCAGCAAAAUGUGUCCCGGAUCCUUCGACGUCAUAGGCAUAUUCAUCGCUUCUGUUCGUCCGGAUGUGGCGAAUGAGCACAGCGAGGAGUUUAAAAAUGCCAAAAAAGUGUUUUCUGAUGUCUACGACUUGUUACUUAAGACCAACAACUCCUUUGGAGUCUACACCACAGACAUGGCACAAACGGACUUUGUAUUCCUUUCCUACUCUUUGGCCGACAAAACUCUGCUCUGCAAAAACUAUACCUAUGGAAAACAUUGCAAAAAAACGUAUUUUACGGCAAACAUUAAAUGCAUUAUAUGCGGCGGCACAUUUUCAAACAUGGACUUUCGCUUUGUUGAGAAACCGUUCGAGUGGAUUCAGUUUGAGUGCAAUUACGACUUGGAUGAUGUCAUACCCAUUGUGGACACCACGAGGCGCAUUAACAUUGAAGAACAGUUUCAAAACAUUAUAUCGACGAUUCGCAAAUAUCUAAUCGCCAGCGAGGUAUUCCUGCAGAACGAACUAAUCGACGACACAAUGGAUUUGCAGACGUUCAUCAAAAAGAAAAAGCUGAAGGAUGAUAAGCUUAAGACAAAUUCGACCAGUUCAGCAGGAGGUGCAGCCAACCCAUCGGCAUCAUCGGCCGCAUCUUCAAUGCAUUUACUAUCGCCCAUUGAGAGUUCCAGCGGUGGCGUCAUCAGGGCCAACAUCAUAAUGCCCGUCAAGUGUCAGCUGGACAAUCCAAAGGAUAUAAAAGUGCGAGAAUUCAGUGGGACUUUGCGCAUGAGUGGCAUGAUCUUCUCACGAGUGUAUUGCAACCCACGAAACAGCAUAGCAGACGUGAAGCGUUACUUGCGCGACGAUGUGCUGCGCUCGUUGAUCACACGCAUCCAGGUCUACUGCGAUGGUCUGACCGAUCCACACGUUAGCAACGAAGCGGUCUACAUAAGCGAGCCGCCGAGACGCGUGUUCUUCGCCAUACCCUCGGAUGGUAGCAGUACGUCGGGUAACGCGGUGCAGUUCUCUGAAUACUUGUUCCGCGGUGAAGCGCCCACUGUGGUCGUAGCUCAGGCCAAGCAGGUUCUUGAUGUCGAGCUGGAUCCGGAGACAAUUUACCUGGACGCUGAGGGGCUGCCAGAUGAUGUGAAUUUUAAUUCGAUGCAAACCGACACAGAAGGAGAGGACAGUCGCAGGCUGACCAGCACAAUGCCAAAGCGGGAAUUGUCUCGUAGUCUCUAUAUGGUGGGCAUUGCGGUGGCUCUACUGGUGCUGCUUGCCUCGGUGGCUCUCCAUUACACAAUGAACGGAUAAUAGUGCAAGCAGCUAAAAGCUGGCUAUUGGUUGAAUGUUCGACUAACCAUUACACCACACGAAAACACACAGCCCAAUCCAUUUUGAUAUGGCGCAACAUAAAUCUUGUGAUGGUUUUUUUUUAUUAUUAUAUUAUAAACCAAGGUGUACUCUUACUUUUAGUAGAAGAAGUGUAAAAAUGUCCCGUUAUAUAGUUAUAUUAUUAAAGCCUGGACGGGCAGCAUUUAAUACUAAUGUAAUAAACUAAACUAAUGCAGAACAAA